UGGAUCGCCACUCAGAAAGAUCCCGGCUUCGAAUGGGUCUUGGAUGCACGCGAGCGAUGCGAGAGCACCGGCGGUUAUGGCUGAUCCUCACCGGCGUCGUAGCAUGCCUCCCAGAAUGCAUCCUCGGGUCGCUGACGUGGAACUACAACCAACAGGGGGCUGACUGGACCAUGGGGGACUGCACGAGCGCAGAGCGGCAAAGCCCUAUCAAUAUGUAAGCGCUCGGAUGCUCAUCAUAUCGCGUCGAUGUGUGAUCAUCGUUGAUCUGUGUGUGAGCGUGUGUGGUGGCUGCAGAGCGUCGCAGCACACGACGGCACUGGACGAGCCUUUCAGGUACAACUAUGAGACCAAGGGCGGCAAGAUAUCGCUCAUCAACAACGGCCACACCCUAGAGGUGAAGAGGGAAUCACACCAGCUGGUGCAUCAAGGGCUGAAUGUGUUCAUUGUGCUGUGUGUGUGUGUGUGUGUUCAGGUGAUAGGUCAGCAGGCGCUGGGCCACCUGGACUACCGCGGCAACGUCUACCGGCUGGAGCAGAUCCACUUCCACGCGCCGUCGGAACACACGUUCGAGAACCAGGCCAGGGAACUCGAGAUGCACCUCCUACACAUGAAUGACGGUACACACACACACACACACACACACACACCGUCUGAGUGACGAUGCACGCCCCUUGUGUGUGCCAUGGUGCAGAUCACGGCCUGAUGGUUGUAUCGCUGACCUUCUCGAGUGUCGGCGCGUCGGCAGCUCACCCAUUCCUCACAGUGCUCGAGGCAAAGGUGCGUUCAGGCAGACGACAAACACCCACGCCUUGUGUCUGCCCACAUCCCUUGUGUGUCCCUGUGUGUGUUCCGGCGUGUGUCAGGGUUUCCCCUCCGAGAAUGGUCGUGUGGAGAUCAACAUGGAGGGCGGCGACGAGUUCAACCUCAACACCCUCAUCAGCGACACCGAGGACUUCUACAAAUACGCAGGAUCGCUCACCACACCGCCAUGCACCGAAAACGCCCAAUGGUCUCUGUCCGAAGGACGGCCGACAGACGCACCGACGCACACGCACCUGUGUGGUGGUGGUGUGAAUGCCCUUGUGCGGUUGUUCAGGUUUGUGAUGGCCCAGCCGUUGCUGGCCAAGGCGUCGCAGCUGGAACUGUUCACCAAAGCCUUCGCUUACCCAGGUGACUGAGUGACGGAGCGAUCGGCGUUUUGAGGCAUCCGCCAUGCGCUGUGUGUGUGUGUCUGUCCGAUCAUGCAGGCACCCAGGGCAAUUUCCGCAUCAUCCAAAACACCCCAGUACCGCACUCACAAACACAGAUACGGCUGCCACUUUGGUCUUCUUACGUGCGCACACGCCCAUUCAGGAUCUGAUGAAGAACCCACAGCACGUUACCCGCGUCAAGUCCACCUACAGCCCGGACGACCCCGCUCUGCAGAUACAGCAAGACACCACCGGGGAGACCAUCAAACAGGUCGUGUGUGUGUGUGCGACGUUGUUCAUGACAACAACAAAGCUGCUGCCUCUGUUCUGCUCUCUCCGUUCAGGAGCUGACGGGCCUCGGGACGACGGGAAUGAUCGUCCUGGUCAUCGGCAGCAUACUCAUACUGGCAGGGGUCAGCAGACAGCCACACUCCCACACCACAAACGGUGCCAGCCAAAUGAGGCCGUGUGUGAAUGACAUAUCCAGGUGGUGACCCUCUCGUUGGCGUGCAUCAUCAACCACUGCAAGCGGGCGCGCCUCGAGGCAGAGGAGGAGGACUACGGCCCCACACGGACGCUGCAGGGGUCCUACCAGAACUACGCCGCAUCGCUGAAUGCGCCCACCGUGCCCGUCAACUACAACAUGCCUGGUGCUGGGCCCCCUGGGCAGCCGGCACCACCCCCACCCCCACCACUGGCACCUGCUGCGGCGGCGGCAGCAUCCGAGGCCAACUGAGUGGGCGGUGGGGGGAUGGGUGGAUUGUGCAGAGGCUGGUGUGGUGUUGUGAAUAAUGGUGGUGGGGUGGCUUUGGUUGGAUGCUCUUUUCUCUCUCUCUCUCGUGUAUAGUGUUAUAUAAGGAUGUGUGUGUGUUCCUGUCUCUCUCUGUGUGUGUGUGUGCGUGCGUGUGGCUAGUGGGAGACCUGUGCCUGCGUGGAUGGACAAAAGGGGUGGGUCGCGUUGAUAAAGCGCAUGUAUGGCUGCA